AUGGAAAAGAACAUCGACUCUUUCGAACAACUUACGACCCGAAUCGGACGUCUGCGGAUGAGAAGAUGUGGUCCAACACCAGCUUUGACUAUCUUCGUCGCUUACGCUCCAACAUCAAACUACGGAGAGGAAGAAGUCUAUAUGGACCUAGAGAAGUUCUACAGAGCAAUUCCAGAAGCCCUCCUCUCUACGCAGGACGUAGGAGUUCCCCGUACUCUAGCCGGUUUUGGAAAGAUUCCGCAUUGGACAACAUCGACGAGGAAUAUGACCGGCUCGUUGAACACCUUCACGAAGAGGGCUCAGAGUUUUAAAACCACCAAGAGACGCCUGUCUCUUGAAACUCUUGAGCUGAUACGCAACCGUGGCAGCAGGGAACCAAGAACUCACAUCCGAGCUCGCAAGGCUUUGCAGAGAGGCGAUAAAGAAAGACCUCGAAGAGAGAAGAGCAGAUGUGCUGGCUGCAGCUGCAGAACCGGGGAAAAGCAUCCGCUAUGCCCGUCGAGACUUCGCCAGUCGCAAGACGAGGAUGACUGCUCUCCGGAACCCAAAGGGAACAGCCAUUGCAUCGAGAAGGGGGAUGGAGAAAAUCAUCUACGACUUCUACUCUGA